AUGUUUGAAAUCUUGGAGGCAGACAUUGUGAUUAUGCAGGAGACAAAGAUACAGCGCAAAGACCUUGGCGAUGACAUGGUUCUCGUCCCCGGCUGGGAUGUCUUCUUCAGUCUCCCGAAAUACAAGAAAGGGUAUUCUGGCGUUGCGAUUUACACUCGCAAUGCCACGUGCUGUCCAAUCCGCGCCGAGGAGGGUAUCACAGGCAUUCUCACACCUCCCAACUCAUCCACCAGCUUCCGCGAGCUGCCUGAGGCUCAACAGAUCGGCGGCUACCCACGACCGGGCCAGCUGCCAGGCGAGGUGGACGAGGCGACGCUCGACUCCGAGGGACGAUGCGUCAUCCUCGAGUUCCCAGCCUUUGUCCUGAUCGGCACCUACAGCCCCGCCACGCGUGAUUCGUCGCGUGACUCGUUCCGAUUAGGGUAUCUCAACGCCCUCGACGCGCGGGUGCGGAACCUCGUGGCGGCAGGGAAGCAAGUCAUCCUGGCGGGGGACCUGAAUGUGACUCGUAACGAGAUUGAUACGUGUAAUGUCAGGGAGGCACUGCGCAAGGAGGGCAUGUCGGUGGAGGAGUGGAUGGGGUCCCCGAGUCGACGAUUGUUCAACCAUCUGGUCUUUGACGGGCAGGUUGCCGGCCACAGGGACGAAGGAAGAGAAACGCCAGUGCUAUACGACUUGACGCGGGUCUUUCAUCCCACACGACAGGACAUGUUUACCUGCUGGGACACGAAAAGAAACAUGCGGCCGGCCAACAACGGUAGUCGAAUCGACUACAUCCUCUGUUCCGCCGGUAUCAAGGGCUGGUUCACAGACUCCAACAUUCAGGAGGGCCUGAUGGGAUCGGAUCACUGUCCCGUAUACGCAGUCCUUGGCGACACGGUCAAAGCCAACGAUAAAGAUGCAUCUGUGCUGGACCUCAUGAACCCCAAAGGCAUGUUUUGGGACGGCAAGCGGCUCAGAGAGUGGUCAGCCAAAGACCUGCUCCCCUUGUCAGCCAAGCUCAUCCCUGAGUUCGAUCGCAGGCGGAACAUCCGCGAUAUGUUCAUGAAAAAGCCCGUCGCAAAAACCUCACCAAGCCAGACUCCGAAUUCUUUUGAGUCGCAGAGUAUCAUGUCCAACGAGCCACCCACACUUCAAGAACAAGACGAGCCAGAGGUCUACCAACAAGAUACUCCAGAACCAUCAGCUUCCCAAGCAUCCGUCCAGUCCAACCCUGGCAUUCCGUCACUCGUCCUUAUGAAUGCAAAACCAGCGUCCUCGCAACCGAAUUCUCCCGUAAAACGACCACUAGAAACGACGGCGCCAACGAGACGUCCCGCAAAGAAGACAAAAACCAACGAAGCCGAUUCUUCCAAGCAGAGCACCCUCACAGGCUUCUUCAAACCCAAGCAACCGUCCUCAAAACCGACUCCCGCCAAGCCCGACGCGACGGAGACAAUUCAGUCAUCGCCCAUGAAUAACAAAAGCGGCGUUGUAGCUGCAGCGUCAAACGUCCUGGCGCCACCGGCCCCUUCCCCGUCGUCCUCGGCGUCGACGUCCUCUUCCGCCGCCGCCACGGCAUCUGCGCUUGACGCCUUGGAAAGGGUGUUUGACCCCAUCGAGGCCAAGGAGUCUUGGUCCAAGUUUAACCUGGGGAAGAGGGUUGUGCCUAGGUCGGGAGAAAAAGAGAAGGGGACGGAGUGGAGGUGCGGAACCUUCAUCUGGAGCAGCGACUGGAAGAAAGAGCAGUCUUAG